GGAACAGUCAGUGUCAAAUCUUCGUCAAGGUUGAUGUGUAUAGUCUUUCUACUGCGAAAAAAAAUCUCAUAACUGAAUCAAUUCUCAAACAGACAGACAGUCAAUUACAUAUAAUUCAAUAGCAGAUAGUCUUAUCAUUCACGAAAAGUGUGCACGUACCUAUAGCUCAUCUCUCCUCUUCUGGACCAUUUGAAUAACAUAUUAAUAAGCUGAUAAUCUUUCGCACUUAACAAAACUCCGAGAGACUGUCCACCUCUUAUCAGCUGCUCAUAUGAGCUCAUAAUCGUCAUUCAAUCGUCGCGGCGAGUCUACCGAAAAAUCAGUAGGCUCUUGGUUACCGGAGCGCGAAACGACAAGUGAAUCCAUCUCAGCCUCCUCAGUCGGUGAUAUUACUGCAACCAAAGCAGGCUUAGUUUUCGUUCGUUCGGGUUCGUUCGCUCGAGGGGAUCCUUAUUCUGGACACAACCGGGCCUGGUGGUAGUCGUCGUCAUUAUAUAAUCCAUUACUUGGAUUGAAUAAUCCAGGGUUGAGGGUUCUACCUCGAUAGUGUCUACAGUGUGUUCGUGUUCACAAGUUCCAGCAGGAAAUUAUUUAAAUUGCAUAGCUGUGCAGUUUCGAUUGUGGAAGAAUAAGAACACCUAAAGUGGAAAAGGUUGAAUUCAUUAUACACUGCCGAUUUUGCUGAGUGGUGUUCAUUCGGUCCGGUACCUAAUACCGAUUAGAAAUCUGUGCAACCGAAAUUCAAUCAAUUUCUCAGUAAGAUAGCUACUACUCAAAGUAGGCUUAUUUUAAUUUAGGCAAGAAGUUAGAAUAACAAAAAAUCAACCAACAAUGAAUCUACCUCGCGUCAAUCUGGACGAGCCUCGAUACGACCAGAGUACCUACUUGAACCGAGCUAAGCACUUUUUGAUCGUAACCAACCCGCUGAAUGUGUUCGCCACCGAGGAGCAGCUGGACCGUGCCGCGCGAAUCGUCAAGGAUUAUCGCGCCGGCAAACCGGUCCCGGACGUCACGUCGGUGGACGAGCUGUGGGCCGCCAAGUACCUGUACGACAGUGCAUUCCAUCCGGACACCGGCGAGAAGAUGCUGCUCGUCGGCCGCAUGUCCGCCCAGGUCCCGAUGAACAUGACCAUCACCGGGUGCAUGAUGACCUUCUACAAGUCGACGCCGGCCGUCAUCUUCUGGCAGUGGAUCAAUCAGUCGUUCAACGCCCUGGUCAACUACACCAACCGGUCUGGGAAGUCCCCCAUCAGCCAGGAACAGCUGCUGACGUCGUACUGCAUGGCCACCGGUGGCGCCCUGGUGACUGCCCUCUCGCUCAACCGAAUGGUGAGGAAUGCACCGCCACUUGUUGGACGGCUUGUGCCGCUGGCAGCCGUGGCCGCCGCGAAUUGUAUCAACAUCCCGCUGAUGCGAAUGCAAGAACUUCAAAAUGGCGUCACCCUGAUCGAUGACGAUGGCAAAGAACUUGGCCAAUCGGUACGUGCAGCCAAGGAAGGCAUCGCUGCCGUCACCUUCAGUCGUAUUCUUAUGGCAAUGCCAGGCAUGGUACUGACCCCGGUUCUGAUGAACUCCCUGGACAAGCGGGGCUUGCUGAAGCGCAUCCCGUGGGCCAACUCGCCCAUCCAGAUCCUGUUCUGUGGCUUCUGCCUGACGUUCGCGACUCCGCUGUGCUGCGCCCUGUUCAGCCAGAAAGCUUCCAUCAGCGUGGACAGCCUGGAGGGUGAUCUGCGCGAGAAGAUCCGUAAGGAUCGCCCGGAACUGAAGGUCGUUUACUACAACAAGGGCUUGUAAUUUUCCUCGACCGACCGAUUCCGGCUACAGGGUUUGACUGUAGGCUAGAGCAUUUACUCAACAAAUUUUAGGACAUGUCGAAUAUAUUGCAGAAUAUGGAUCGCAGAACAGGAAGAAAUCGUGCAACAGACAAUAAUUUAUGAAGCGCAUCUACUGCUGUCCAACAAUGUUUCGUUCUUAAUUUUCUGUUUGCGUUGUAGUAAUGUUAAGCGAAUAAUUGUUGUCUAAUUAAUUAUUCUGUGGAAUACAUUUUGUCUAUAAUCUCGUCUGAAAGCUAUCGUGCCAUCUACUGCAUUUAGUAAACUUCUGCUGGUCAAAGAAAAUAGUAAACUUCAUUCCAGUCAAUAGCAUUGCACAAACAAUCGCCGGGCAUAGAGCAAAUGAAAUAGCCCUUAAAAGACGUAUUUACAAGUAGAUUUUAGUAGUAGAGGACUAUAACUUUGUUGAUGGCGUAUUCAUCGCUUUUUUUUUUUUGUUACCGUUUGUGGAAUCUGUGUCUGGAAAUUGUCUACUUGUAGCACAAAUAAAAUAGAAUGGUUUGUGAAAAAA